ACUAUUUUCAAAAGAAGAGUGAAUGAGUAUGCUGGUGCAUCCUUGACCUGCAGUUAAAAAACUGUUUGCUUGAAUGUUUUGAGUAAGCUGUUGGGUGAUAAUAUCGCAGCAGUGCAGUAUCAUUCCAAACCAGUUGUCAGUGAACAGUGUGAGAGAGUAGAUUGUCAUGGAUAUCAGGCGGCCAGUGGCAAAGGCUCCUAAUCGUUCUGAUGAUGGAGCAAUUCAGUCUUGUCACAUUGUAGUUCCUGGUGACGUGAUAACGAAGGACACAGGGUUUAUGAGGGGUCAUGGCACCUUCACGGAAGGUGACACGUUACUAGCAUCAGUGCCUGGAGUUAUUGAGAGACACAACAAACUGAUUUGUGCUAGACCACUUAGUGGACGGUACAACGGCGAAGUUGGUGAUGUUGUCGUUGGGCGAAUUGUUGAGUUAGCAGUCAAGAAGUGGAGAGUUGAAACGAACAGUCGGCUACGUUCAGUGCUGAACUUGGCAUCGAUCAAUCUGCCUGGCGGAGUAUUGCGACGGAGAGGAGCGGAGGAUGAAUUAAUGAUGCGUGAAUACUUGAAAGAGGGCGAUCUCAUAAGCGCGGAAGUACAAGCUGUUCAUGGUGAUGGUAUCCUUUCCUUGCACACACGGAGUUUGAAAUAUGGAAAGCUGGGGCAAGGUACGCUAGUAAAAGUAGCACCUUCGCUGAUCAAACGCUGCAAGUCUCAUUUCCACAAUUUGUCGUGUGGUGCCAUGGUAAUCCUUGGUCACAAUGGUUAUUGUUGGAUUAGUCCGCUGGUCAGUGAUGAAGAGGCAGCAGCUGCACAGGCUGUGGAGCAUGCUGGGCAGAGGAAUAUGAGCAGUCAUGCUGUGGCUGGUGAUAAGACAAUUGCGCUAGAGGAUCGAGAGACGAUUGCACGCCUAAGGAACUGUAUCGUUGCAUUGUCUCAGCGCAGACAGCUUAUUUUUGACACAAGUAUUGUCACGGCACAUGAAUUCUCACUGCGCUAUCCUGUGAAGGACCUUAUGAAGCCUGAAAUCAUUGAUGAGAUCAAUGCUGCCGUACGUCAGGUGCUGAGCAGUGAAUAAUUCCGUCGUGAAUGUCCACGGGGCUGACGUUGUAAAAUAUUUGGUGGAUUUUUGGUGACACACUGUAUAUAACUUCACAUUUUGUACAAAUUGCCUUGCGUUUGAAUUCAGUUAUCUUCUUCUUGUAACAAUACUGCUGAAGGGGUUGUUUGAACUCCGAACUGCACGGUAUGAUAUUCCACUUUUUCCUGUACAGAGCUCAAUUGUUAGUAGAUAAUGACAAUGUACAUAGAAAGUUGAUUUAUACAUACUAAUCUUACACAGUUAUCUUGCAUUGACUGGGCGCUAUCAGAGGGAUCCUAUGUAAAUAUUAUUAAUUUUGCUUGUGAUUUUUGUUCGCAUUCCCUUUGGUGUCGCCCACUACAUAACACUGCAAUGUAACUAACACGGGUGAUCCGGUCACUACCAUGACUACAUAACACUGCAAUGUAACUAACACACUACAUAACACUGCAAUGUAACUAACACGGGUGAUCCGGUCACUAGAACCUGUUGUGUGAUCGGUGUGUGCUCAAUCUUGGUUGGUGUCUCACAUUCGAACACGCACAGUGAGCUAUACACAGUGAUUGAUGCAUGCUGGUUUGUAUUUUCAGUUGUACCAAUAUUUUUAAACGUGCAGCAGAAGAAGCAUACAGAUACUAA